GGAGGCAGGGGGGUGUUUUACCAACCCACGCCCACAGCCUUACGCUUCCACGCCAGCCAAAAAAACUCGCGUGGGCUUCCCACUGGGGACGAGCGGCCAACACUCCAAGGAGCCACGGAGGGUGGAUCUGUUUCCUGCUGACGGCAGGGUGGAGAAGAGCAAGAGUCCAUGGCUGGCACCGGGGAGCUGGAACGGUGGCUCAAUAAGGCCACUGACCCAAGUAUCCCCGAGGAAAACUGGGAAUGCAUCCAGCAGUUCUGUGACCAGGUGAACGCCGACAUAGAAGGCCCAUCGCUUGCACCGAGACUGCUGGCACAUAAAAUACAGUCACCUCAGGAGAUGGAAGCCCUCCAUGCUCUCACAGUGCUAGAGACCUGUGUGAAUAACUGCGGUGAAAGAUUUCACCAUGAAAUAGCAAAAUUCAGGUUUCUGAACGAGCUGAUUAAAGUGCUUUCUCCAAAGUACUAUGGAACCUGGUCUUCAGAAAAAGUCAAGUCAAGAGUGACAGAAGUAAUAUUCAGUUGGACAGUCUGGUUUCCUCAGGAAGUUAAAAUCCGGGAUGCUUAUCAGAUGCUGAAGAAACAAGGGAUUGUAAAAGCAGACCCCAAAGUGCCAGAAGACAAAAUUUUACCUCCCCCUUCUCCGAGACCUCAGAAUUCUAUUUUUGACACAGAUGAAGAGAAAUCCAAGCUUUUAGCAAGGCUUUUAAAGAGCAACCACUCGGAGGACUUGCAGGCUGCCAACCGUCUGAUCAAGAGCAUGAUUAAAGAGGAACAAGAAAAGUCAGCUAAGGUGUCCAGAAGAGUGAACACCAUCAGUGAGGUUUCUGAGAACGUUAAAUGUAUGAAUGAAUUACUAGAAAACUACAAGAAACAAGAACUAUCCAAAUCUGACCAUGAGACCCUACAGACUCUGUUUCAACGCUGUGAGAAGCUCAGGCCACUGCUCUUUCGCCUCGCCAGUGAGACAGUUGAUGAUGAUGAGGCUCUAGCUGAGAUACUGCAGGCCAAUGACAAGCUCACACAGGCGCUCGGACAGUACAGGCAAGUUGUAGCCAGCCAUGAAAAUGGUGGGGGAGAAGAUUCAGCCACCAGUUCUGCUGAUGCACCAGCCUGCCGGCCAGCCCCAAGACGCAUGAAGAGUUAUACACUCAUUGACUUCUCUGAGCUGGAGGCGACAUCCCAGUCUCCUACAGACCAAUCUGAAAAUACAACCGCCGCCUCCCGCCACAGCAGCACAACCUCUACCUGUCUGCUCGAUGAGGAGUUCAAGUCAUUAGGUCUCAUCAACUCUCCUGUUGAAGAGAAACCGCCACCUGAUUUUGCCUUAGCAGAGCCUGCUGUACACAACGGACAUGGUGAAAUCCUAAGUGCUGCUCAAACACUGAGACCACAGGAGAGCUGGGAAGACAGCUGUUCAGAGAAGAAUGAACUUCAGAGCCUGGUUCAUCAGUUCUCUCCACCAUCCAGGACCAAGACAUUAUCUUUGGAUUUAUCACCAAUGAAAUUGCCCUUUCCAGAUCCUCCAAAUAGCUCAAUGGCAGAUACUUCAUUCUCCAGCCUAGGCUACGAGCUGAAGCCUGCUGCCUCUUUGCAUCCAGCUUCUCAUGAUGCUUCUCUAGAAAACCUUUUUGUCCCUUUAAUUUCAAUUACACCAAGUAAGUGCAAUGAUUUCUGUGCCCCAGCUCUGCUUACUAGGGGCUUACUAGAGCUCUUCUGUGAUUUUUGCAGAGGAGCAAGCCAAAGUAGCUUCAUGCUGUGUGUGUUGUGUCUCAGAGCAGAGCACGUCCUGUUAAGAGGACUGCAGAGCCUUGGCCAUCGCUACUUUUGGGAGAGGACGGGGAUUGUAAAAGCAGACCCCAAAGUGCCAGAAGACAAAAUUUUACCUCCCCCUUCUCCGAGACCUCAGAACUCUAUUUUUGACACAGAUGAAGAGAAAUCCAAGCUUUUAGCAAGGCUUUUAAAGAGCAACCACUCGGAGGACUUGCAGGCUGCCAACCGUCUGAUCAAGAGCAUGAUUAAAGAGGAACAAGAAAAGUCAGCUAAGGUGUCCAGAAGAGUGAACACCAUCAGUGAGGUUUCUGAGAACGUUAAAUGUAUGAAUGAAUUACUAGAAAACUACAAGAAACAAGAACUAUCCAAAUCUGACCAUGAGACCCUACAGACUCUGUUUCAACGCUGUGAGAAGCUCAGGCCACUGCUCUUUCGCCUCGCCAGUGAGACAGUUGAUGAUGAUGAGGCUCUAGCUGAGAUACUGCAGGCCAAUGACAAGCUCACACAGGCGCUCGGACAGUACAGGCAAGUUGUAGCCAGCCAUGAAAAUGGUGGGGGAGAAGAUUCAGCCACCAGUUCUGCUGAUGCACCAGCCUGCCGGCCAGCCCCAAGACGCAUGAAGAGUUAUACACUCAUUGACUUCUCUGAGCUGGAGGCGACAUCCCAGUCUCCUACAGACCAAUCUGAAAAUACAACCGCCGCCUCCCGCCACAGCAGCACAACCUCUACCUGUCUGCUCGAUGAGGAGUUCAAGUCAUUAGGUCUCAUCAACUCUCCUGUUGAACAGAAACCACCACCUGAUUUUGCGUUAGCAGAGCCUGCUGUACACAACGGACAUGGUGAAAUCCUAAGUGCUGCUCAAACACUGAGACCACAGGAGAGCUGGGAAGACAGCUGUUCAGAGAAGAAUGAACUUCAGAGCCUGGUUCAUCAGUUCUCUCCACCAUCCAGGACCAAGACAUUAUCUUUGGAUUUAUCACCAAUGAAAUUGCCCUUUCCAGAUCCUCCAAAUAGCUCAAUGGCAGAUACUUCAUUCUCCAGCCUAGGCUACGAGCUGAAGCCUGCUGCCUCUUUGCAUCCAGCUUCUCAUGAUGCUUCUCUAGAAAACCUUUUUGUCCCUUUAAUUUCAAUUACACCAAGCAGUAUCUGUCCACUUACUGUGUAUGACAGAAAUGGUUUCAAAGCCAUGCUCCACUUCUCCAGAGACCCUGCUCCUGGUCGGCCAGAUGUGCUAGUGAUGGUUCUUUCCAUGCUGAGCACAUCAGCUCAACCAAUUAAGGACAUAGCUUUCCAGGCUGCAGUCCCAAAGACCAUGAAAAUAAAGUUACAGCCAGCAUCUGGUUCUCAGCUGCCUGCCUUCAGCCCUUUUCUCCCCCCUGCAGUGGUAUCACAGGUCCUGCUCCUUGCCAAUCCACAGAAGGAUCCCAUCCGACUGAGAUACAAACUAGCGUUCACACAAGGUGUGCAGCCCUUCAGCGAGGCGGGAGAGGUGACUGGCUUCCCAGAAGCAGAGCUCUGGGGCAGGAGCUGAAGUUCAGCAGGCUUGGACAUUGCCAUAUUGCCUUAUGUGUGGUGGACGGGGAGGGACUGUGUGCCAGCAAUGACAGCCUGGACUCCGUAAUGGCUCCUUUCCCUGAGAUCCGCCAUCUCCUUCUGCCUUUUGGUUUCUGUGCAGGUGUCUGGCAGGAGGAGUGUAAGCCGGCUGCUUCUGCCACAGCAUUUUUCUGAAGCUGACCCUGCUUUAUAGAAGAGACUUGCAGUCCGGAAGCCUUAAUUCUUCUUCCAUGCAAGUCUUUCCUGCUGCUUUUCUGGGCCAAUUUUUUCCCUGUUACUUUUAAUUAUUGAAUUAAAAAAAAAAAAAAAUAAAG